CUUUGCUUAAAUUCGUGUUUCGUGUUGCUUAUUUAGUGCGUCGCGCGUAACCGUAUCGACGGAUUGUGUCCGCCAAACGGAGCGAGAGAAAAGGAAGGAAAAAGAAUACAUAAAUAAACGAACGUAACGUCAAACGCACCUCGCCGUAUCGCUCGCUCAUUUGAUAGCCGUAGGCAAAGGCCGCAAGUGAUAAGGGGCCUCGAGUUCAACCUGGUACGGAACCGGGGCGGCAUGGUGCUGUGUUAACCGCCGAUCGAGCCUCCCUCGAAAAUAUUUUGAUCGUGACCGGUUCUGAGGGAAAUGUGUAACAUUUGCUGCUGCACGAAUAUUGGCAGCGUGUCGUGGUAGAAGUAGCCAGUAAACCAACGAAUCUUGAAGCGAUUUCUAUACAUCCUGCGGAAAAUCUUUAGGGGCGCUACGUCAUCUAACCGAUCACGAUUUAAACGGGGGUUCAGGAGCGGUUGGAAAAGCUGGGUGAACUAUAUCUAGGUCAUCUGGUAGGGAUAUUGUUAACGCUGCUUGUCAACUUGGAGGAAGCAACCCGAUUUUGGUCGAAGAUACGGAGAAGAAUGGAUGGCAGUAGCGGAGGAGGUGGUGGUGGGGCAAACAGUGGCCCACCGAGCACCGCACAUCCUUCCUCCUCCUGCCUGAUGGCAACCGAUGGGGACAUUACCAGCUACCUAGGCAACUAUCCACAGUAUUCAUCGCGACACAGUGUACCGGGCAGCAGGGUAAGCGCAGCUGCUACGUUAGCAAACGGAAUCACGUCUACCGGCCGGUGGGAAACAACUACGGCCUGUACGAUACCACGUAAGAAAAGCUGGUCCGAGCUGAAAUCCAUCGUUAACGAAUCGCGUCGACAAAUGGCCACAACGAUGGCCGCAUCCUUUCCGAUGAGCGUGAACUUUCGCACACUGUCCGAUGGAAGGACCCGUGUGUACUUUCUCAGUCCCCCGCCGGCUAACGGUUGGGAUACAAUACUGUUUUACGUGGAUGUUCCAAAUACUCAAGCCAAACGCUGCGAAAGGGAAAACCACGCGGCGGACAGUGAUGAUAUCGACGUGGACGAUCUGCGGUCCGGUACACAACAAAAGCGUCUCCUCGAGUGGCACCAAUUGCUCGAGUCCGUGCUGGGCCAUCUACCGACAGCCAAUUCCCGCGAGGUACAGCUUAUGCUCGAACGAAAACGUCUCUCGAUCUGGGGAAUCACCUCGUACGAGCUCCACAAAUCGAGCGGCAAAAUAGUCUUUCCUGCCUGUACCACACUGUAUCAAUGUCUGGAUACGGGUUACGAGGAAAAUACACUCUUCCCUUCGGAGCUACGGUUUUCGCAGCGGGCGGCGGUGAUCGAUCCGCAGAUAUGUCCACAAAACUCGGAUCUGGUGGCAUUCGUGUGCAAUGGGGACAUUUGGGUAGUGCACACGCAUAGUGGCCACAGUGAGCGGCUUACGUACGCUCACGAUGGUCGUCGAUCGUUCGCCGAGGAUCCACUGACAGCGGGCGUACCGUCGUACGUGAUGCAGGAAGAAUUUAGUCGAUACCAGGGUUUUUGGUGGCAACCGGAAAGUCACGACGAGAUCUAUCGCAUCGUGUAUGAGGAGGUAGACGAGAGUGAUGUUAGUUUAUACACCUUUCCAUCUUCCCAGUCGUCUGGUCGAGAUUACGAGGAGUAUCGAUUUCCGCGUGCCGGAACCCCGAAUGCGAAAUCCAAGUUAAAACUGGUACAAUUUAGACUCUCGGAAAACCUGCGUAUUACGGAAAUCUGCGUCAAAGAGCUACAGUGUCCGUUAACGUUCGCCUUCCCCUGGUUGGAAUAUAUUGUGCGCAUCGGUUGGACACCCGACUCGAAGCACAUUUGGGCACAAUUGCUCGAUCGUCCGCAGCAGCGACUUGAGCUUGUACUACUGCCGCUGGAUAAUUUUUGUGAAAUCUACAGCAGCUCUUCGUCUUCGCCAAAUUGUGGUGCGGCAGGUACCGCAACGACGACUGCCGCUGGCCCAAACAGUACUGCCGCUGCACCGUCGUACGGUUCUUCUCCGGGACAACAUCCUUCCCAACAGCUUCAUGGACAUCAUGCUCACCCGCAAAGAAAGUCGUCUUCUGGUUGGCGCUCACCGCUGGACAAAUCCACGCGCCCACUGCAGGUGAUCUAUUCGGAAACGUCCAACAGCUGGGUGAACGUGCACGAUGUGCUACAGUUUGUCAAGCUGUCCGAGCAGGAGGUGACGUUUCUGUGGGCUUCCGAGGAAACCGGCUAUCGUCAUCUGUACUUGAUUACGUCUAGUCUUAUCCCGCAUGGGUGCAAUAGUAGCGGUAGUAGCAGUAGUUGUAAUAGCAAUAACGUCGGAACUCAUCAAAACACCAACCAUAGCAAUGUACACCACAAACAUCAUGGACAUGAGGAAGCGAAUAACGCCAACUUUCAAGCAAUAUCUAGCGGCACGGAUCACUCUCUUCCAUCGAUGGCUUGCAUCGGCAGUACGCUGAUACCACGCAUCGUCAACAAGAUGACGCUGACCUGCGGCAACUGGGAGGUGCUAGGACGAAAUGUUUGGUUUGAUAGGGUGCGCCAAUUGGUGUACUUUAUGGGACUUCGGGAGACGCCUCUAGAGAAGCACCUGUACGUGGUAAGUCUUGCGAAGCCAAACCAACUGCGACUUCUUACAAUGCCCGGGUUUUCGUUCACCGUCGAGUUUAACGAUGAUUGUACACUAUUUCUACAAACGUACUGUAAUAUCUCGACGCUGCCAUCUUGGGAAUUAAUACGAAUAAGGCAUGAUACGGACGGCAACAGCAAUGGAUGCAGUCUGUCGCCAUCUUCGGCAAUCGAUACGCUGGAAUUGAUCUCGGUGGGCUUUCUGGCCGAGGGCGGGCCCUCGGAAAAUACCCUGUACAACCCCUCCAUUUACAGCCCACAGAUCUCGACCGGAGACGUACUAUACGCGAUGGUGUUCAAACCACACAAUUUCACGCUUGGCGUCAAGUACCCUACCGUUCUAAACGUAUAUGGUGGCCCGGAGGUGCAAACGGUUAGCAAUACGUUUAAAGGAAUGCGUCAACUUCGAAUGCACAUGCUCGCUUCGCAAGGGUAUUGUGUGAUAUGUGUCGAUUCUCGCGGCUCACGCCAUAGAGGCGUCGAGUUUGAGUCAUAUAUCCGGUGUCGGAUGGGCACGGUUGAGCUGUCUGAUCAGGUUGAGGUUCUGCGAAUUCUGGCCGACCAGCUUGGCUACAUCGAUAUGGACCGGGUGGCAAUACAUGGAUGGUCCUAUGGUGGUUAUUUAAGUCUGAUGGGACUAGUGCAAUACCCGGAUAUUUUUAAAGUUUCUAUUGCUGGAGCGCCUGUAACAAGCUGGGAAUAUUAUGAUACAGGCUACACCGAACGCUACAUGGACCUGCCGGAUAACAAUCGCUCUGGAUAUACUGCUGGUUCAGUGCUCAACUACAUUCAAAAGUUUCCUGACGAGGACAACCGUUUGCUCAUCAUCCACGGUCUUAUCGACGAAAAUGUGCACUUUUACCAUACCUCACAGUUGGUCAGCCGCUUGGUUCGUGCGAACAAACCCUACCAGCUGCAGGUGUACCCGAACGAGCGCCAUUCGCUGCGUAACUUGGAAGCAAGCAAACACUACGAGACGAAAUUGUUAUCGUUUCUGCAGAACCAUCUUUGAACCAACGAGCAGAACAAAGCGAAACCAAGAAAUCCCGCAUUUGGUACAGGCGCAGAGCGGGGAUCGGUCUGGAGAAGAUUGCGGUACGGUAGUUGCCGGGUUUUCUUUCCCUGUCAACGCAGCAACCAGCGCAACCAACGCUCACUCGCUGGUUUCCGUCCGUCAGGAUCGACGUCUCUUUCACUUUCAGUCGAAUCAAUUCCGUCAAGCUGUUCAUUGCGCUCGUCGAUGAUGAGCUUGGUGCGAAAAUUACGGCUGUUUCGAUUUCGGGCACUGUUAGACCGGUGUUAAGCUAGACAGCAAAUACAAUUGGCAACGCUAUUGUUCGUUCGUUCGCUCGCUUAACAUCACUGCGCUGGUGCUCGCCAUUUUAUGGAAAAAAAACUCAAUUUAAGAAAUAAGUCAAACAUUUUACUGAUUCUAAGGUACACCGGAGUGCAUAGUGUGGAGAAAUGUUAAACAUAAAGGUUAGAAGAAACAAAAUACGGCGACAUUGUUUUUCAUGUCCAUGCUCUGCAAACUGCCCUUCCUUGAACAGGCAUCGAUACAAGAUGUCCUUCUUCCGGCAUGCUGAAAUUUUUACCAAACCAAUGCCAAUUUGCCAGAAACAAAUGGUCGUCAUGUCCGCGCGCUUGUUUCUGAACGUUGUUGUUUUUUUAAUGUGUAUAUUCUUACGUUUUGAGCAAUGGAAGACGAUUGGAUGGAACGAAUUUUGUUGUUUCGCUGUUUCAGAGUGAAUCAAAGUGUAAAAUAAUGAUGUAAAUUAGGUUGUGCGCGUGGUUAAGAAUUCGAAUGUUAUAGAGGUUGUUACAAUGCGAUUUUUAUCUGGUUUAGACAUUACAUUUCUCACAGUUUACGCGAUUCUUAUUUCAUUACGCUUGCCGGCAAAAAGUUGUUAGUCAUUUUCAUAAAAAAAAUCACCUUAUGUUUAGUUAUAGAUGAAACAAUACCAUGAGUCUGUUUUUUCGUGUUUUCGCUGCUACUUUGGAGUUUUAGUUCAUUGCGUUGUUACAGUUUUUUACAAACAAAUAUAUAUGAACAACAUUUAACGUUUUCUCGUAAACUGUAGUGGGUUGUGUACACAUCGUUCCACCUAACAGUCGUUGGUGCUUUUUGGUGCUGUCGGCAACAAACAAUUUUUAUCAUAACACUUAAAGCUUGGACCAGGUGCAAACGAAUCACACUAAUGUUUUGAAAAAAAUAUCAACAGUACGCUUAAACUCAUCACCAUGUCUGAAUCCCAUAAAGUACGAAUGCAGAACUAAACGAGAGAGUAGUGU